AUGAAUUCCUCCGCACCAAAGGCUAUCGAAGUCAUUAACCUAACCAAAUUUUACGGUAAUAAGAAAGUCUUGGACCAAGUUUCUUUUGCUGUGCGUCCGGGGACUAUCCACGGUUUUAUUGGUCCCAACGGGGCUGGCAAAUCAACUACGUUAGGCAUUCUGGUUGGUCUUGUUCUCCCAAGUUACGGAAAUGCUUACAUUGAAGGUCGGUCAGUAACCAACGACCCCUAUUUCAAUGAGCAUCUGGGCUCAGUGGUGCCAGCCGAAGUAAAAUUUCCACCCGACUUUGCGGUUGAAAAAUAUGUCGGUGUUUGUAGUUAUUUACGGGAUGUUCCACUAGACCAAGCCGAAGAAAGAUUCGCUGCUUCGCCUUUAUUCCAAUUUGCUGCUCAAAAAUUUCGCGACUUGAAAAAAUUUCGCGAAGCUGGCGGAACCGUGCUUAUUUCUACCCACAUUUUAUCCGACUUACAAGAACUAGCCGACGAUAUUACCAUGAUUAGAAAUGGUCGCAUUGUUUAUACCGGACCGAAAACGGACAAUAUCGUAAAAACUUAUGAAGAAUACUUCCUGAACGACGAAAAAAAUCGGGAAGGAUUGUUUGCCGAAAAAGCCAACCAACAAUUAGAAAAAGAAUUACGUGUUUUUGUUGGGAAGUUAGAGAAAAUUCGGAGUAAUCAAAUUUCCCUAGAAAUGAUUAGAGGACUAACCAUAAAUUAUCAAGGCGAAAGAAAACCGUUAAAAACCCUAGCCAAUUUCCGAAUUUCUCCGAGUAAUGAAUUGGUCAUUCAGACCUUUGAAUCUAAAUUUGUUUCUUUAAUUAUUGAAGUGGUUAAACAGCAAGGAUAUAAACUUGCUGGAAGCACCAAAAAGGAGGCUUAUUUUACUUUAUCGUCCAGUGGAGAAACUCGCGAAAAACUCAUUCGCGAUGUUAAGGUUAUAACCGAAGAAGGAAAAACGGCUUUCCGGCUAGUUCGCCAAGACAUUCGUAAAGAAAUAAGUAGUUCAAUCAACAGCAAAAGCAGCAAAAAAGGAACAAAUCUUUUUACUGACCAGAAGCGGAAAUACGAAAUACAAAUGGAUGAACUAAUUAAGAAUUAUCAGCAAAAAUUAAUUCACGCUAAGGCUAAAAAAAUCCAAGAAUUAGAAAAGGUUUAA